AUGUGGUCCAACUUUUUCGUACAGCAGGAUGAGGACGGUCGGAUCGGAGUGGCAGGGGCUGGACAAGGUGGGGGUUUGGGUGGAGUGAAAGGUGGAAGGAGGAGGAUCCACAAGAUGAGCGACAGUCAGGAGGGAAAGAUCAAGCUGGCCUUCUUUGUGGCUAUCAUUGGUGUGACCCUGACGGUGCUGGGUAUGGGGACAGAGUUUUGGGUGGAGCUGGCCCAACCAAAGAAUUUCAGUGGCAACCAGACCUGCCAGAUGGCCCAUUAUGGCCUGUGGAAGGGCUGCAUCCGCACCCUAUGGGUGGCUGACAUAGACCCGGAGAGGACGAGCUGUGGCCCUGCUGAACUACCUGGAGAAUCCAACUGCACCUACUUCAAAUUCUUCACCUCUGGGGAGAACGCAGUCAUAUUCAAGAAGACAACUAACAAGAAGCUGAAUCUAGCUGCAGCUAUCUUGGCCCUUUUGAGUCUGACCAUGAUGGUGAUGGGCUCCAUCUGUAUCGCCAUGUCUCUCAGCAAAGGAGUGCCCUUCUUUCUCAAGCCAGCCUCCUUCUGUUUCAUCCUAUCAGGUGUACUGGUGCUUAUCUCUGUCCUGAUAUUCCACCAGUCCGUGCUGGCCCUGCUGUCCAGUGACCACUCCAUACCUUUACACCAUGAGCUGUCCUGGUCUGUGGCCUGCGUGGGUUCAGCGGGAGCCAUUCUUAUUUUUGGAGGUUGCCUGUUCAUCAUCCUCUCCCUUCCUUUCAGCCCCUGGCAGAAAUGCCUGCCACAGAAGAAUAGCGCCACCUAGCACUUGAAUGAUAAUAAAAUACACAUUUAGUAUUCUUGAUGUCUUGUUUGAGAGCAAGCAGAGAUGUCCAGUUCACGAGGGCUGUCACUUUGCUUGUUCUUAGCAUUUGUCACAGACAUCGUACAAGGUCUUAAUCAAAUGUAUGAAGAGAAGUCAGCCACACAUCUGUGAGGCCUCCAGAACUUGCAAAAAAAUGUUUUAGUGUU